CAUGAUUGUCUGUUUACAGUUUAUGCUCGUGCAUGUGCGAAGAAAUUUAAACUAAAAAUUGUAUCUACCCACUAGAAAAUGGAGAAUUUGUUGUCGAUUUUGAAACAUUCCCACAGUCAAACCGGCCGGCUGUACCAGCACCUAGCAAACGCGGAAUGGAAUAGUUUGCUUCAGUCCACCGAAUUUCAAGGAGUGCUAAAAACUAGCCCAAAAGAUCUUAAUCUUGGCGAUGAAGAUUUACUUCACCUGGCCGUUGGUUCGUUACUGAUUUUUGUUCAGCACAAUUUCCUUGGCCCACGUGUUGGGUCCUCGCAGCAAGAUGCAACGAUGCCGGAAACGAAGGACAUUCUAUUGCAGCUGCAAUCGGACGGCGAAGAGUUAAAUGUGAACGCCGGGCAUACGGAAUGUCUACUGGUGUGCAAAAAGGUGUUUGAUCAGCUCUCUGCAAGCAAAGAAUUGGCCGUGCGCCUUUGGUACCAACGAUAUUUACUCAUCCACCAGCGGUGUACGGACGACCUGACGCACAGUUUAUAUGAACGUUUCAACGAAAAUGUGGCCCUGCUUGAAGAAAGCCUAGAAAAUCUCGACCGUAUAGGCAGGAUAGAAGUUUACCUGGAGAUUUUUGUUGGAUACGUGCAAUUUAAGCGUAUCACUAAGUCCGAACAAUGGCUUAAGAAGCUGGAGGAACUGUCGAACGUGACGAUUUCGGUUGAAGGCAUGUUGGGUGUGCGUACCAAGUUUCAGAAGAAUCCACUACCGCAGCUAACCCUACGGUCGAAAGGUUUCACCGACCUGGGUCUGCCGGUUGCGUCCGAAACACACGCCACGGUAAAGCUACCAUCCAUCCUGAAGCUGGACGAUGACGUACGAUUGGAAAAGGUUACGUUUGUUAACGGAGCGGAUAACGACGACAUCCAACUGCCUGCCUUAAUACAAAACAUGGUGCUGGCAAAACUGUACUUUUUGUACGUUUCUCAACCAAAGGAACAAUUGGUUUUGGAGGAACUGCGUCCUUAUAUUACGUCGCUAGUUUACCAACAGUUUGGCCCUUGGAUGACACGUGUGGCCGCGUUGUAUUUAAACGCAACGACCGAGGCCACCCACAAACGGACCGUCGAUCGCUCGUUGCGCCAGAUCGAGGAACUUGUUCAUCAAUUUGACUCUUCGAGUGAAGUCGCAAUCACCGAUCGCGUCUCGAUGGCGUUCAGUUCCUGGAUGAUUCCCUGCUGGCAGAUGAAGGAAAAACUGGCCGACGUAAUGGUUAGUCUGGGCAUGAUAAAGGGUGCUCUCGACAUCUACCUGAGCGUGCAAAGUUGGGAAAAUGUGAUCGACUGCUACACGGUGCUCGAACUGCGACACCAGGCCGCAACGGUCAUUAGACAGCUGAUCGAAAAGAAUGGACCAUCCGUGCGGUUGUACUGCAUGCUCGGAGAUGCAACGGAUGAUGUCGAGUGCUACCGGCAAGCGUGGGAGCAUUCUGGUGAAACGAGUGCCCGCGCCCAGCGUCACUGGGGAAACUAUUACUUCGCACGCAAAGAAUACGCGACGGCGAUCGAGCACCUACGACGCUCGAUCGAAAUCAAUUGCUUGCAAGAACCGACACUACUGCGGCUCGGCUAUUCGGCACUGCAACUUGAACGCUGGGAGGAAGCGGCCUACGCAUACCGACUCUAUACUUCCUUCGAAAGUCACGGGUUCGAAUCGUGGAACAAUCUCGCCAAAGCAUACAUCAAGCUGGGGGAAAAGACACGAGCGCACAAGAUCCUGCAGGAGGCUCUCAAGUGCAACUUCAACAACUGGAUGGUGUGGGAGAACUAUCUGAUCGUGAGCGUGGACACGCGCAACUUUGAAGAUGCCCUCAAUGCGUACGAGCGUCUGAUGGAGCUGAAAGACAAGUACUACGACCGGCAGGUGCUGGACAUCGUAGUGCGCGCCAUCGUAACCGGGGAACUGGAUGCCGAUGGACAACCGUGUGGGCGAUUGAAGAAAAAAGCAAUCAAUCUACUUGGGCACGCGUGCGCUCAGCGUGCGAACGAUGGCUACCUUUUCGUACUGGCGGCGGAACUGGAGGAUGUCGAUCUGUUGCGUCGCUGUCAGAAGCUUCAAAACGCCUACCGUGGCUACACGCAAUCGAACAGCCAAUGGUCGAAGGCGGGCGAAAGUUGCCUCACGGUGGUUAACCUUUGUGUGGAGCUGUGCGAGUACAGUUUGAAGGCUUUUGUUGAAGGGAAGGAGGAUAAGGAUCGCUUUGUUGCCCUGCGAUCGCAGCUUUCGUCGGCACGGCUUGCCGGUCAAGGUUGUGUACGAUCGGCCAAGAACGAAGAUUGGCCUCAGUGUGCUGAACCGACGAAUAUGCUAGAGGAACUAGUACGUAAGAUUACUUCUGAAUUAACGGAAGCUAUCGGGAAAUAAACUAUUCCAUUGACAGGGACGUUAACAUUCGUGAUGGGUCGGUCUGGCAUUGGCAUCUUUUUGUAUGACGUUUCCGAAUAUAAUUUUAACAAUAUUGAAUAUAAAGAUCUACAUUGA